AUGUGCGAUCUGAAGGCUUUGGCACUAUUCCUUGCAACAUGCGCUAGUGCUGCAGCUUUAGUGCGUACUGAGACGGUACGCUUGUCAAACUACUGGCAUUGCCUAAAGCUGCUGCCUUUGCUGCUUCUGCUGUUAGCUGCUUGCAUUUGUCCAGCGGUUUACAGUUCACUGAUGGUUCGUCCUCCUCACAAGGCUGUCAUUGCCGACUUUGAUGAGCUGCUUGCUUCCGAUGUGCAUGUGAUGUUAGUGCGCUCUGCUUUUGAACAUUUUCCUGCAGACUUUCGAGCCAAGUAUGCAGCUGCUUUUCGCUUAACAGAAAAUGUUACCAACCUGUUAACAAUGCGCAGCAGUUACAACACCAACUGGGGCUAUCUCGUAUCAACCUUUAACUGGUUGGUAGUGCAGCAGCAACAGCAACACUUUCAACAGCCGCUCUUUCGAUACUCCGAUCUCUGCAUGCAUAGAUUAGCACAUUAUAGCGCCAUCCUGGGCGAGAACUCAAUCUAUCGUCAGGCUCUUGAUCUGCAUAUAAUGCGCACACAGCAGUCAGGACUGUUGAAGCAUUGGCUAAAGCACAGUUUUUAUGACUUGGUCAAGACUGGCCGCAUGCAGUUGAAGGACUACAGCAGCAAGCGCAUGCGUUGGCCAUUACGUGUGCAGGAUCUAAGGACUUCUUUUAUUUGUCUGCUAGCAGGACUCAGUCUGGCAUUCUUUGUGUUGCUGCUUGAGCUCAUUUAUUUCUAUGGCAAAAUCUAUUUGAAUUACGUAUAA